ACUUUCACGUUGUGUGUGUUUUGAUGUGUAGGAGGAUUGCUUCCGCCGAGUGCGACAUGAACGGUCGAUAGUUCGUGAGAUCGGCAGAAGAAGGAAGCUUCAUACACAAACUAUGCCUGCCUGAGAGGUAUAUCAUAAGUCAAGGCGCGAAAUCAGCAAUGUUUGAAAAUCAGGGGUCUACCUGGAUUCUGUGAAAGUGUUUGUGUGUACAAUAUGGCGUCAUGAGGUUUACGUUUAGAAAGAUAGCGUAUGCCGUUUUGGGGCUGUAUUUUUUGGUAACGUGUUACACCGGAUUUGUCCUGUUUCGGCGGAGACUAUAUACAGCUUACACAACUAACAAGGAGCGGAUUAUUCUCGAAAAGAUUCAGAGUUUGAGAGAAAUUUCUGAUGAUGAGAAUUGGAAUCCAUGGGGUGAAGAGUUUGAAAAUGAAAACAGUUUUAUCCAACACCAUGAACCCCCUAAAAUUCUAUGGGAGAUGGAACAUUCUCUUGGCCGGAGUCCUUUAGACAGCAAAGACAACAGUACAGAAGAGUUCAUUGUUGAAGUAUGGGGUAAAGCAGCAAUCGGCAUCUACCUGUGGGAGCAUGUCCUGGGAGGACUCAUUGAGAAGAAGAUGGGAGGUGUGUGGAGCUAUGGAGUCAAGAAGAUUCACAGUAUCAAGUUCAGGCUGAGGACAGGCCCUGGCGUCAUCCCCAGCAAGGUGCCCCGGAACACAGAGAAUCUCCUGCUGAUACUAAAUGGACGGGAACCCUCCAAAAUAGACUUCGCUAAACUCUGGCUAGACUUCCUGCCAGCAUUACCCUAUUUGAAAAACGUGGCUGUCGUAAUAUUGGGAAACGAGCAGUGUAAUAACGAUUGGCUCAAGUCCUACAUGCAGAUUAGAGGAGGACCAAUCAAAUUUGCAUUCCUCGUGUACGACAGUCCUGACAUCGACAACGUCAACUUCUAUCAGUGGCCCCUUGGUGUUGCUACGUAUCGAGACUUCCCCAAAGUGGACACAGCCCACCUACCUCUGACGAUGCACAGGAAAUAUUUGUGCAACUUUAUGGGGACAAUAUACAGAAACUCCAGUCGAGAAACCCUGCUGAAUGUCCUGGAGAGAAAUAACUUAAAGUCAUCCUGCUAUGUGAAGCCCAGGAAGGAAUGGAUGCCCCAAGAGACAGACACAACUCGGGAGGAAUACAUGCGAGCUCUGGCCCAGAGUGAUCUCACCCUCAACCCUGUCGGGAUCAACACCGAAUGUUACCGCAUUUAUGAGGCGUUAUCCUACGGUUCACUUCCUGUUGUGGAGGAUGUGAUGACUCCAGGGAAUUGUGGGUCAUCCAGUGCUUCCCUUGUUGCUCCUCUGCGCUUGCUCAAAGAGUAUAACGCACCCAUUGUAUAUAUGAGAGACUGGAAUCAGAUCGCAGACAUUUUAGACCAAGAGGCGAAAAUGCCUCAUGAAGAUAAAGUUAAAAGAAGACAAAAGCUGAUUCAGUGGUAUGAAAAUUUCAAAUCUCUUAUGAGAGAACGACUUGUACGAAUAUUAGAAGAAAGAUUUUUCAAUAUCAAACGGUAACGAUAACAGUGCCAUAAGAUCUAGAAUUUUAUCAAAUUGUAGAUAGAGUGUGGAACAGCAAUACCAAAGUCUUUCAGUAUUCAUCCUUCGAUGACAGAGUUUUAUUUCAAAUGUGGAUUGUCUGCCCUUUGGCCUGCUCUGGUUUCAAAAAUUGAAAUGUUCAAGUCAGAGCAAGUUUUGAGGUGGGCAAGCCUGGUUAUAUCAACAACAGUAAUGCCUAUCUUACUAGGGACAUCUUGCAGGUCGAAAUAUGAUGGGAAAUUAAAAUGGAGAAACUUCGUGGCAUCGAGGAUGCUUUGCUAAGGGACGGGUCAUUUAUUGUAGGGGAGGGUGGGUCUGCGGGCAAUACAAAUCGUCAAGGUUAGAAUCUGGGUUAGUAUUGAUCUUCAGCAACCCAUGCUUGUCGUAAGAGGCGACUAACGGGAUUGGGUGGUCAGGCUCGCUGACGUGGUUGAUGCAUGAUGAUCGUAUUCCAGUUGUGUAGAAUGAUGAGUCCAGAUUCGAUUAUUUACAGACCAUUGUCAUAAUAAUAAUGCCGAGUAAGACUUUAAAGAAACAAACAAACCUAAAAAAUAAUACACCUAUUUGGGGAGAGUCAUGUAAAAAAUGGACAUUUUAUGAUAAAGAUAACAUGCAUUUGCAUUUCAGGGAGGGUCAUGAAAAAAUUGUACAAGGACAUGGGGAGGGUCAUCCAAAAAUAUGAAAAGCAAUUGCUGAGGAUCAUUAUUUUCAGUACAUCAGUGCAUCUAAAACCUAUGACAACCCCCCCACCACCUCUCUCCCACCCCUGUAAUAAAUGACCGGUACCAAACUCAAAACAUCUUUGGACUCGAAUAGAAGACCUUUGUCAAAAAUGUUUUUCUUUAGCCUUGGGAAGUUAAAGUAAUUAGAUUUGAACUCUUGUCUUAAAAACUUGAAACACCCAUGUUUUUUAUUUUGGAAUGUGUUUUUGCAAAACAUGUUUCUGUCAUCACAUAUCAAGGGAGGUAAACUCCAGGACUUUGUUCUCACAGAAUAACUGUGUCUCAUUACUUGUUGAUCAAAUCAUGUUGAUAGAUAUAAGGUGCUACGUGUAACUAAAUGCCAAACGCUGAAGACAUUGUGAGGAUGAGAUAGAAAUCUCUUUAUCUGUGUUAUGUCAAUCACUCAAUCUUGUUAUGUGCUUUCACAGUUAGCUGUACAUGGAUCUAUGACCAAUGUGAAAGAAAGUAUGGAGUUACGAACUGGAUGCCUCUUUACUUGUUUUUCUGUGUUUAUGAAGCUCUAUGUUGUGGGGCCUUGGCAUGCAGAUACUAGAGGGAAGAGUGUUGACUGGGUUCAGUCUUCGUGUUACAGUUUAAUAGAUGUAUUUAGGCCGUAUGCUCAUUGCAGUGUCACCUUAGUGGCACUCCUGCUGUUUGGUGCCCAGAGGGGAACGAUGCUGACAUGCUGUUACAUGAGGGUCAUGGAGACGAUGCCUUGUGUUUGUGUUUGUCGUAAGCACUCAUUGAUUAUGAAAUGAUAUCUUUUGACUAUAUUGUAAAUACACAGAAGAAAUCAAAUUGAAUUAUGUUUGAAUUACAUAUCAAUUAUAAAAUGAAUCAAAGGAAAUCUCAUUACUAUAUGUGAGGGGGUCUUCAGAAAGACAUGUUUUUAUUCUUCCUCAAGUGUCGGUCUUGUGCCAAAUCCUUGUGUGCAAAUGUUUUGGGACCAGGACGAAGAGAAAUUGUUACAGGACCUAUCUUACAAUGUAAGGUGAGAAUCUCAAGUGUAUGUGUGUCUAUGCCACUCAACAAUUGGAAUGUCCGAUGUUUAUGUCAGUUGUUAAAGAUGAAAGUGUUUUAGUGAUUCCCGUUGACUACUGCUAUACGGAUGUUGUUGUAGAUGCCGUAAUGAAAUGUGGCAGAGCAUAUCACUGGGGAGGAGCUGGGGACUUUUAGAGAUUGUUAACGCAGUUGAACUUGUCAGUAUACAUGAAUGUUAAUUAGCGGAUCUGUGACGAGGGUUGUUUUCCUUUGUUGUAAUUUGUAGCGAGUUGUGGAGCCAGGGGAAUGGCAUCUGUAGGAUCAACUUUAUACCCUUAGCCGUGUUUGACAGUGACUGGAAUUUGUUAGUCGUCUAGAGGACCUGUAGUUACAGGGGUAGAAACUAACAGUUUUCGUCCACUAGUCCUUAUAAUGAUAACAAGUAGCAAAAGCCUUAUAAAGGGCAAAUUUCUACUGGUCCUUAUGAUACCUUAAACAUUGGGCAGUUUGGCAAGGACUACAGGAAUAGUGCCAGUUUCUAACUCUGAGUUAGAAAUAAAUACUAGUCCUCCAGAUAUCUAGAAACUCUACUGGUCCUGUUGGUCCUGGUGGAUCUCAAGUGGUCAUGACCACAAAGUGUAAAUGAUAAUUGACAUCUCCCUUGCAAGAUUACUGACAGGGCUGUGAUUUUGCACCUGAUGUUCAUUUCAAAUUAGAGAAAUGCUCCCUGAAUAACACUCGUCAGUUGGAACAUGAUUUGGUUCAUUCCACAGGUGCUUGAGGCACACAUGCCACACGUUAUGCCAACAUGGUGUCACGCACUGCGUGGGGUGGUCUUUCCUUGUGUUCGGUACAAUGGUGUCACUGUUAGGGGCCUUGAACUGUCCAAUCUCUGAGUCAGGGAGAUCCUAUCAAGUCUAAGGUCACAUGAAUUUUUACAAUAAUAUAUAUGAAAACUGCUUUAUAAUGAUUGGUAUGUUAAUAGUUAUUGUCACAUAAGUUAAUGUUAGUGAUAAUAACUCGCUGUACCACAUGUUGGUUAUUUUGCAUUGCAAGAAUGUGGGUAGAGGUUUGUUGUCUUUGCCGAGUUAGUUCAGUAUUCCACACACUACAUACAUAUGCUGCUUCAGACCAACUAUUGCUUACCUUCACCAGUGGAAUUAUGUCUGUAGCCAUUUGUUUUUAGAUGGAGCACCUACUGACAGAGGUAUUUUGUGCAGGCGUUAUGGACAAGGGGAAAUAACUCGAACUGUAAACCUACAUUAAUGGUGACUCACAAUACAUCAGUUUAUCCAGACUGGCUAGUUUGAUUUUUUUCCCCUCAAACAUAAGAAAAAUUAUAAGGAUAACCAGUUUGUAUAUUUAAGUUCAAUACAAUCUUUGGUCAUUAUUUACCAAGUUGGAUGACAUGGAAUUAACUUCAGGCACAGGACACUGAUAUCAAAGACACCCAACACAUUUGUGUCAAAGUUCUGAUCCUCUGUGAGCUCUGCCUCUUCUGUUCGUUUCUUCAUAGUCAUCCCUGUCAAUAUCUCAGAUUUCACCUUCUCAGAAAAUAUAUUAAACCAGAUUCCUACAUCCAGAGUGUCUGUGUACUGAGAAUGAUCCAACAAACACCAUCUGAUGUUUCAUUUGUUGCGAUUGUUGGCCUGUGUUGCAAGUCUUUGUACAUGUAUAUAUAUUGAUGUAUUUAAGUCUAUACAGAUUUACCUAUAGUUAUUCCUAUUUAUGCAGUUUAGAUUUACAGCUGUAUUGUCUCUGUAUAUUUUAUGAUUUUGUAAUUUCAGAUCCAAAUCACAUGGAAUAUAAUCAAGUAUCAUAUCCCCUGAUCAAAAUGAAUGUUUGUUUCUGCCUGUAUAAAUAUAGAGACCACAUUUCCAUUACAGAUUAUGUUAGUGAACCUGUACCCAUUCAUUAGUCUUCUUACUGGACUGACAGACAUCAUAACAGGCGGACUGGCCAGGGAAGUCGACAAAAGGGCCUAGAUACAUACUACUCAAUAUAAGUUAGGGAACACCUGAUUCUUUUUUAUUGCUGUAACUAACCUGUCAUGAUAGAUUAACUAUACAUGUAGUAAUAUGAAAGAACUGGGCAUUCUUUAACUUCUUUUGAGUAAUAUAUAUGCUAUUAAACUUUUGCCCAUACCUUCCUUGUGUUACAGUGCUGUUGGGUGGCCCAGUGGGUAAAGCAGCUGAGUAUUGGUUCUCUUCCCAAAUACUUGGAGAAACCUGCAUAUAAUAUUCAGCACUAUUGAAGCAGUGUAAGAUGAAUUCAUCCUUGCAGCUGCUUGAAGCAUGUCAUGGAUAAUUGGUGAACAGAUAUUGUGAUUUGUUCCAUAUGGUUCAUAAUCUUUUAAAUAUUGUAUAAAAUGUUUUAGGUAAGCUCAUUAUCUGGACAAGGAACUUAUCCUCUGUUCACCUCAGGAAUGGACUCCAUGUGGUGAGGUUUGUGUGAGUGUUGAGGCGAGAAUGUCAGUAGCAGCGCCUGUAGUACUUGUAAAGAGGAAACCAGGUCUGGUAGCUCCAUGGACGCGUUGGGAGCCUAGUGCUAUGGCGAGAACCAGGUCUGGUAGCUCCACAGACAUGCCAGGUUCCUAGUGCUAUGGCUAGAACCAGGUCUGGUAGCUCCAUGGACAUGCCAGGUUCCUAGUGCUAUGGCUAGAACCAGGUCUGGUAGCUCCAUGGACAUGCCAGGUUCCUAGUGCUAUGGCUAGAACCAGGUCUGGUAGCACCAUGGACAUGCCAGGUUCCUAGUGCUAUGGCUAGAACCAGGUCUGGUAGCUCUAUGGACGCGUUGGGAGCCUAGUGCUAUGGCUAGAACCAGGUCUGGUAGCUCUAUGGACGCGUUGGGAGCCUAGUGCUAUGGCUAGAACCAGGUCUGGUAGCUCCAUGGACAUGCCAGGUUCCUAGUGCUAUGGCUAGAACCAGGUCUGGUAGCUCCAUGGACAUGCCAGGUUCCUAGUGCUAUGGCUAGAACCAGGUCUGGUAGCUCCAUGGACAUGCUGGGAGCCUAGUGCUAUGGCUAGAACCAGGUCUGGUAGCACAGAAAAAUAACAAUAAGAUAUUCUAGUCUCCAGAUAUUAGUUUAUCAUUAAGCUUGUUAGCACAGCAUCUCAAUUUUAACAAAUCUACGUUUAUGUCCUUAUUCCGGGUUCUAGUUAAUAGGACAUACUUACUGAUGUGAACAGAUAUCACAUUAUUUUACUGCAUUUGGUUGGCUUUCAUUGGUUUAGUCAUUGUAAUGUUUCACAGCCGACAUGAAUUAUGCUGCUCCAAAUUCAAGGACAAAUGCUCUUUUUUUAGUUUUUCCUGUUUAAGGCAAUAGUUUUGUUGUUAUUGUUAUGAACGUUUUGAUAAGGUAGGAAUUGCAAUUUGUAGACGAAAGACCAAGCUACUUUGGUUGGGUUGUUUUCACUCAGUGGCAGACUGUCUGGUUCACCUGGAUGCUGCCUAUUGUGUGUGGUAUUUUGAUGAGAUCAAACUAUGGUAAACAGCUGCAGAAUUGUAUUAAGUAUUUUGUUGUCAUGGGAAUAAAUUGUUUCUUUUAAAAA